AUGAACAAAGGUAGAUACAUUAAUUUUGCUCGUAAAAAGAAGUUUAAAGGCCGCAGUGGACAUUACAUAAACGGCGGCGAUGAAGUACCGGACGAAGCCGAUGCGAGCAAUAAUGGAUGUCAACGGAAGGCGAAAUCGAAACAGAGUGCGAAUACAUUCAAGUUCUCCGUGAAGCAAGAGGAUGCCGAAAUCGAACGGCUGCAACAGCUGUACGAAGACGUUUCGUUUCAAGCAGCAUCGGUGACAACAUUCACGGAUUUUCCGUUGUCCAAGAAAACGCUCACCGGGCUGAAGGAAGCGGGAUACGUGAAGCCGACGAUCAUACAACGCGAUUCCAUUCUUUCCGGAUUGCGCGGAGAAGACGUACUGGCGGCAGCAAAAACGGGCAGCGGCAAGACGCUCGCCUUUCUCGUCCCGAUCCUGGAACGACUGUACGUGCACAGGUGGACGCGGAUGGACGGAUUGGGUGCGCUUAUCAUAACGCCAACGCGCGAAUUGGCACUUCAGAUAUUCGAAACUAUGGCGCAGGUUGGAAAGCAUCACGAUUUCACGACAGGCCUCAUAAUUGGUGGGCAAAACCUAAAGUUUGAACGCAGCCGGCUGCAUAACCUUAACAUCAUGAUCGGAACACCAGGUCGCUUGCUGCAACAUAUGGACGAAAAUCCACUGUUCGACGCCACCAACCUCAAGGUGGUCGUCCUGGACGAAGCGGACCGCUGCUUGGACAUGGGAUUUGCGACUACAAUGAAUGCCAUCAUCGAGAACUUGCCACCCGUCCGGCAGACGCUACUGUUUUCUGCCACCCAGACGAAAUCGGUUCGUGAUUUGGUGCGCGUGAAGCUCACCAAUCCUCACUACAUUGCACCCCAUGAGCACGAGCAAACUGCGACACCGGUGAAACUGCAGCAGAGCUACGUUGUGGUCGAACUUUCCAAUAAGCUCACCAUGCUCUGGUCGUUCUUGCGAACGCAUCCGAAGCAAAAGAUUAUCGUAUUUUUCGCCACCUGUAAACAGGUGAAGUAUUUCUAUCAAAUUUUCAAAAAACUACGACCCGCGAACCUGCUGUUGCCACUGUACGGCGGGAUGAACCAGGAGAAACGGAACCAGAUUUACGCAGAAUUUUGUGGGAAAAAGAGCAACGUUUGUCUACUGGCAACGGACGUGGCCUCGCGCGGUCUCGACUUCCCGAAAGUCAACUGGGUAGUGCAAAUGGAUUGCCCCGAAGAUGUGACUCAAUACAUACACCGUGCUGGACGCACCGCACGUCUGAACACCAGCGGUGAAAACCUACUCGUGCUGUUGCCGCACGAAGAGCAGGCCAUGUUGCAGUCACUGGAAGGAAACAAAAUCCCCAUCAAGCAGAUAAAAAUCGACGAACGGCAACUGUUCUCGCCGUUGGUGAAAAUUCAAUCGUUGCUUGCACAGUCACCUGAACUGAAGGAAUGUGCCAAGCGGGCCUUUGUGGCUUACAUCAAGUCCGUGGCGUUGAUGAAGAACAGGGAGGUGUUCCAGUUGCAAAAAUUAAACCUGGAUGGCUUCGCACAAUCGCUGGGACUGAACGUUACGCCUCGUGUACGUUUCCUGACACGUGGCGCAGCAGGUCGUAAACCGGCCGCCGCUGGUGCUGCGCAAUCGGCACAAACCAAUAAAGGCAUGAAGGUGGUGCUAGAAGACGACGACAGUGCCAACGAUCAGAGCGAAGACGACGAGUUACUGAGGGUGAAACGGGUAGAUCAUGCUCAUGAAUUACUUCAAUCCGACGAAGAUGACGAUCGCGACAUAAACCGAUCUGAAACUUCCAUUCCCGAACUGCCGAACAGCAAAAAACGUGUUUCGAAAGCAAAGAUGGUCAAAAAAUCGCUAGUCAUUAGCAAGCGUACCGUGUUCGAUGAGCAAGGCGUCGCCAUUGAUGACGAUGGCACGGAAGCUGCGUUGCCGCAGCGUUACGAUAUAAACGAAGCACGUUUGAAACUUCAACAGCAAGAUGCCGCAGAUAAGGAACGCUACAAACAGCUGAAGAAGGCCAAAAAGGUGGUAAAGAAGGAAAAGGAACGCAAGAAAAAGCUGGAAGUCGGCAUGGAUGAGGAAGGUGAUGACUUUGGCAACGAAAGCGACACUAGCGUCAAUCUCGACUGGCUUCCGGAUCCGGACAAAAUUUACGGCAAACAACAACAAUCGGAUGAGAGUGCGAGUGACAACGAGGCGGCACUGUCUGAGGCGUCUGAGCAGCACAGUCCACUUCCGCCCGCUAAAAAGAAACGAAUGAUCUUAAACCGAACUCAAGAUUUGUCCCUAAACGAAGCGGAAAAGUUGGCUAUGAACCUGUUAAAAUGA